AUGAUCACGGGAGGGGUCAUGGAGCGUGAAGCUCGCCUGCGAGAGGGCAUGCGAAUGAUGGGCAUGCGCAGCAGCGCGUUUUACGCUUCCUGGGUCGCCACUUAUGUCUUGUUGUACCUCUUCGUGGUCACAGGGGUGGUCUUGCUCCUGACGGUGGGGGAGAUCCUGCCACGCAGCAGCCCUUCUUUGCUCUUCAUUUGGCUCAUGCAGCUUGGCAACGAAGCGCGGAAAGACCAGCAGCAAGCGAAGUCGGCGUUUCACGGAGCUGAAGGAAUCUGA